UGUGCAAAGGUUGUGGUCGUAUGUGCCUACCUUUGCUCCGUCGCGGCCGACAGUGUCCGUAACUGGUAUUCGGAAAAUUGUGCAUGUGCGUUUUCCGACGAAAGCAGUGUGUGUGCUUGUGAUAUGUGCUAUUGUUUUCUAGGAUCGCUUUACAAGUGGAAUAUUGGAACGAAUGAGAUCGAAAGUGAGGAGCUGAACGAGAAGUUCGUAGGCGCGUCGCAAUAGAUUUUUCGGAGCCCCUGUGCACCUCGGUCAGUGCUUGCCAGAGUCCCGCGACUCGGCCGGCACGCCCCGCCUCCGCCGUGGAUAACCUCGGCCAGAGCCCCCUCCCGGUCAAGAGGCUGCACGAAGCGCUUCAGACCGCGCAAGCGAAGCGUCAGCGUCUCUCCCCCCCUUAUCCAACCGCGCCUCCCGCCAUUCACCCCAUACAUCAACUUGCGGUGCAGCAGCACAUCAAAGUGCAGCAAAGCAUCGCGCAACAGCAUCAACUGAAUCUGGCCCAUCAGUCGCUACAAAACCUGCAGAACCUCCAGGCGGCGCAGAGCCCAGUGGGGUCGGGUGGCGCAGGAGCGCAGUCGGCGGGAGGAGCGAAUCAAGGCGCGCUGGUGCCGCCGCAGCAGCCAUCGCCGCGGGCCGCUUCUCCGCAUCAUAAGAACAUGGAGCUCGCCCUGUGCCAGAGCAUGGACUCCGUGAAUACGGCUACUACAGAGGAAGAGGUGCGGACUUUGUUCGUGAGCGGACUUCCCAUGGACGCAAAGCCUCGGGAACUCUAUCUACUAUUUCGGGCAUAUGAAGGUUACGAGGGUUCGCUGUUAAAAGUUACCAGCAAAAAUGGAAAAACAGCAUCGCCUGUUGGAUUCGUCACGUUCCACACUAGAGCUGGAGCGGAAGCUGCUAAACAAGAUCUUCAGCAGGGUGUCCGGUUCGACCCCGACAUGCCGCAAACGAUUCGGCUGGAGUUCGCUAAAAGCAACACGAAGGUCAGCAAACCGAAGCCGGCCGUAGCCACAGCCGCGCCAGCAGCACACCCCGCAUUGAUGCACCCGCUCACUGGACACUUAGCCAGUCCGUUCUUCCCCGGAGGGGGCGCUGAGCUGUGGCAUCACCCGUUAGCCUACGGGGGGGAGUUGCAGACUUUGUCUCAUGGACUGGUGCAUCCAGCCAUCCACCCGCAGAUGGCACCCGUCCGUUCUUAUCUCUGACUAGCUGCCGCCGAUAGGCCACACCACACCCCGCUGACGUUAGGCGCCUGCGUGUUACCGGCGCCCGCGCUGGGUUCGCCAGGGGCCGCCCACGCUCCGCCUGCGCACCCCGGGCACACACCGCACCCAGCGCAUCCCGCGCCCUGCUCUACUCUUUUCGUCGCCAAUCUUGGCCAGUUCGUAUCAGAACACGAACUCAAAGAAAUUUUCAGCAGUUGUGCGGGCUUCUCGCGAUUGCGGCUCUUGACCGGCGGAGGUGGUUCUGGCCCCGUAGCCUUCGUCGACUUCGUAACCCCAAGCGAAGCGGCCGCGGCUAUGACUCGUCUGCAAGGCGCUCUGCUCCUCAGCUCUGAGGCGCCUAUCCAUCUCGAAUACGCGAGGCAUAAGUUGGCACACAACGGCUGGAUACUCGCACAUGAAGGAGUCAAAGGGGGAGAAGAGAGCGAACAACAUUAAUUCGUUCGUGGCUCUCGGCACUUGACAACCAGCGCACUGAGGGACGCGCGAUACUUUUCCUUCGAACCAUAUCCAAAAUAGAAUUUCAGCAGUGGAAGAUGGAGCUCGCACAACCCUAUACCCAGUUUAUUGCUUACCUGGCCACACAUAUUAAAGUCAAAGUGUGAACGAUACUUGGUUUUGAUAAUUUUCGUUGUUAUAUUUGGCUUUAAAAUGUUAGGUCACCAUAUUGUAAGAGCUCUCUUCUUAUUUUAUGUUAUUCGUAGGAACAACGUCUAGAGGUGUGGUGUAUUAUGUUGAUACCAAAUUUAGCGUAAAUUUAUUAUAAGUUUAACAUUCCACUUUAUUGUUUACCGUUUGCAAUGAAAUAUUUUAAUAUAUAAUUUUUGGUAAUAUGUUAAAGUAUCUUUUAUGUAAUAUUUAGAUUUAUUUACAACUAACUUAUAGUAUAUUCGUUUUUUAUAUAAAGGCCGAUUUAUUCAACUGAGAACAUUUAUUACAAUUAUUGUAAUACUCACUGGGUAAGGACUAGUAUAGAACUGCUUAUUGAUUGUAUUUCUUGCAAUUUAUAGGAACAAUUCUAUGCUAGUGUUAACGCAGUUAAUAUCAGAAAUUUAAUACGUUAGAAUAUAUCUCAUUCGAAUAAGCUAAAAACCAAAGGUGCCCUUCAAAGAAAGAUUACGUUUUGUUAACUAAAUAUUUCAAGUUAAAUGAUUUUUUUAAAAGUUGUAAUAUAAUAAUACUUUUGUUUAGUCUCUUUAAUAUUAGUAUUUAAAUGAAUUUCACGAAUAUUUCAAAUUAUAUUUACCAAAUGCUUUCUUAGUGAUUUUUAUAUUUGAACACUCGUUAAAACGCUGGCACUUUAGUGUUGGUCUUACGAUCCUAUCUAUUAAAGGAUAAUGCAAUAAAGGUAAUAUAGUGUCGCCCCCUGGUGUCGCUUACUGUAAAGUGCAAUACAUUACUGAACACUCGAGUCCCAACAACCGGCACCACCGCCGUAUAACUUUCUACUCAUAGUAUUAGAACUAGUGAAAAGGAUUAAAAGAUAAUUUUCUUAUUCCCAAUCUUAUAGCAGCAUAAUUGAUAUUAUGUUCGUCCUUUCUAAUUUUCACUAGCUCUGAAACUACUUUUACGUACUUGUGCCUUGAUCUAUUCCAAAAUUUGGUUAACAAUCUUUCUAUAGUUUGUUUAUCUGUAAUAUACGACAGUGGUAUCGAGAUCAGUUCAGUGUUGCGAGAAUUUAGCCUUGGCCUUAUAAGAUUAAAUAAAUGUAACCGUAAUGUUAAAACUAGUUAUAAUUAACUGGCGACUCGCCGUGCUGAAUAGUGAAAUGAUUGUUCUAUUUGCAUGCUUCGACGAGCUUCUUGGUUAUAAUCUUAUAAAACAAAUAGUAGAUUUACUGUGUAACCUUUAGGUCAAUACCAUAUAAAUUAGGUAAGGGUAUUUAUUGUAGAUCACCAUAGUUACAUUAAUAAUAAAAAAGUUAUUCAUACAUAAUUAUUAAACAAUGUAUUGAAAUAAAAUUUUGAGUGUUAGAUAUAAUUGAAAUGGAAGAUUAAUAUAUUUUUAUUUUUAGCUAGUUAACUAUCGCAAGCAAAAUGAACUUAGUUACCAUGUGGUUACAAGAAAGUACAUUGCGUUGCGAUAUAGCAAUAAACCAAAAAAUGUAUAAAUUAUAAUUGCCUAGAAACGUAUUCUGCUGUAAUAUGUAAAAAUUAUAUGAAAAAAGUAAAAAAAAAAUAUCCCUGCAUAGGCUAAUUAUAAGGUUUCGAAAGUUUUGAUAUAAUUGACGUGACACACCGAUGCGUGCACGCAAGUGUACAAUUCCGUAAGUUCUUAUGAAAAAUAUCUUAGUCAAUAUUUAAUAGAAAUAUCGUCAAUUUUUAAACAAACUUAGCUAAAUUUUAUACGUUGUUUAUAGUAAUCGAUAAAUGUGAAACAUACCGAUCGUAGCGUAUACACCAAAGAUAAACGAUUUACAUAAUAUAAAUACUAACCUCUGACCGUACCAAACAUUAUUUGUAGGCGCGUACUGCGGGAAUAUCGAAUAUCUAAUAUUCCAAUAUCUACAGGAGACCAGGGCCUUCUAUAUUCUUAAAAUCUUAUCGAAUUCCAAUUUAACAUCAUAUUUCUAUUCAAAAAUCGACAUAUUCAUCUCUAAUAUUUAAAAGGCCCACGUCUUGCAAAAGAUAUAAUCGUGUUACGCGAAAAUCCCAAAAUCACUGUCAUCUAACUACUAAGUCAAUGUUUACUUAUUUAAUUCGAUAUAUUAUGCUAAUUCGUAUGUAAGUGAUUGUGUAAUAGUGUAGUAGAGAUCUCCCAUAACUCCGGCGCGCGGUGACCUCUAUGCAAGUGAAAUACAACGAAAUUCCUGUUAUUGAAGUUUGUGCAUAUAAAUGUAGUUUCUGGACUUUGUAUAAGUGGGCAGCGCUCAGGCGUUGAGUGCCCUAGAACUAUGAAUCGAUGUUCCUUCUACGUUUAAUUGAUUUCACCCUCUUAGUUUCGCGUGUCUUUUGACAAGUAUUCCUGUGUUCAGAGGCUGCUAGGGGUCGCCAGUGCCGCCAAGAUUCCGUCCAACACACUAGCUAGCGUAAGAGACGUCCAGUGGCUGCGGACACGGCUACGUCACCUAUUGCGGGACUACUCGAUACAUAUCAUCGUGUAAUAUUAAUGUAAUUAGAGUUAAACAAAACUGUUUCAUAGAGACGUUUAUUCUGUAUCCUUGUCUACUUCUCAUUAUGCAAUCGGCUAUAUGUCACGCUAACAGUUUUACGUUAUCGGAAUUCUCGCUUGGCUAAAUUUCACCUUGAUAUUUCAGCUUGUACGAAAUAGAAUUAUUUAGCGAAGAUCAAAUUAGUUUGAGAACAAACGGGUGGAUACGCGAUAAAUAAUUGAUGAUUGUUUACGAUACAGACUAGAGGCGAGCGUGACAUUGCGCCGUGAGAUAGGGUAGUUGGGGUGUAGCAUCGCCUUGCAAGUUAGGUUAAGUGACGCGGUAACACACAAACGCCGUGCAUCGGAAACAUAUCAAUUCUGUGCCCCUUAAUAAAAAUAAAAGUUAGCUAAUAACUAAUAUAAGAAAUACAUAUGAAUAGCAUAAAGAAACAAAAUAAUCGUUCGAAGUAUCAAAUACAUUCUAAGUGUUGUUUUCGCACGCCGAGACAUAUUGCGAAUUAGAUAUUCUCGAAAUCGUUGACGCAUAGUACCCGAGUAGUGUCGCGCAAUUUUUAUUAAUUUAACUUAAUUAUCGCAAGUAGUUUUAAUUUUUCUUGUUAUAUGUAGGCUAAAGGCUUAAUUACUAAAAUAAUUUUUAAACGCUUUCGUAUUCAGUAUUAAUGAACUGGUUUUUGUUUAUUGCGGUGACAAGAGUAAGCGUUGCUGAAAAUUUAUUUGUAUAUUCAGCAAAUUAUACCAUACAAAUAUAUAAAUUAGUGGUUAAUUGUUAGAUUUGUGUGACUUGGAUUAUUUAAAGCUUAUAGAGCAAAGGUAAAGUGUUAUUGUGGUUUAAGAAAAAAAAAACAUAAUGACAUUGUAAAAAUAGUGAUAAAUUUAGCUUAAUUGUAUAAUUAUUAUGACUUUUAUAGAUGUUCAUUGAUUUUUCUUUUCUUACUUCAUUGACUAUUGUGGCAUUGGAGACGUCAUUGUUAAUUCAAAUAAAUUUGAGCUCAUCCUCAAUCGAAGUUUUUAUUCAUACAUCCCUUCGAUAUUGACGUAGAUCAGUCUCCAAAUUGAAAUCAGUUCAGUAAAUUUCUGUGACAAAUUUUCAUUUUCUUUUUUGAGUACAAUCAAAUUCUAUAUAUAAACUGUAUUAAAAUCCUUUUCAUUCUGUCAUUUGUAAUUGAAAAUCUAGAUAUUAAUAUUAUAUGUCUAUUUUAGGAUACCAAUAUUAGGAUAAAUAUUAAAAGUUGAGCUUUGAAUUUGCUUUGUAGUUGCUUUAAUGCGUCUUCUUGUAAAACGAGUUACAUUAUUAUAUAUUAUAUAGUCUUUGUUUUACAGAGACGACGUAGAUUGCAGGUUAAAUCGCUAAAUUAUUUCCGUGAUUUCAAGGCAAUGUUGUAUUUAUGUUAUAAUUAGUUUUAAAGCAUUAUAGGGUCCAAAGAUUGGGAAUAAAGAUUAUGCGAGAAAUCA